AUUUGAUCUCGGCGGGCUGUCCGCCAUAUUGCAAUGCUGUGCGGCGCCCGAUCGUCUUGAACAGUCAAAUUUCUAAAGAAGUACUAAUUCUCCGUGCGCUGUUAUGUCGUCCUAUGCGAAACCUUUCACGCACUAGCCGGUACGUUUUAGGUUUUAUGUUCCGACGAGCUCUAGUCAACUGUUGUGAAGCGCGGCCGUCUGUGCAGAUUACGGAAUAAAUCCGGAUUUUGCAGUCCGGCGCCCGAUGCCACACCAAAGCCGGUGUGCAGUGUGACGUCUUUAAAGUGCAAGGGCGACUUUUUUUACAAGCUUUCAGAAAAAUUCCGCGAAUGGUCCGUGUAACUCCGGUUCUCGCGCUUUCGCUCAGUGUGUAUUUAUGCGCUGAAUUGGCGUUUUACGCCUUGCAAGUGUCGUCGAGGUGCCGAGGGACUCUCUCUAAAGCCAGCCUGCUAGCCCUAACGUCCGAACGCUUGCCUCAAGAUCUCCACUAACCUGCUGUUUCUCCAAAUUGGUUUGGAGCGGCAAAGGCGGUCUGUGCGAGAGGUCAGGGCAACAAGGGAAGCAGUUCGGAAGCAGCAGGGGCCACCAGAUGCCUUUGCCCAGCAGGUCACGUGUCUAUACAGAUGUCAAUUCCCACAGACCGAGGGACUACUGGGACUACGAGUCGCACGUUGUCGAAUGGGGAGUUCAAGAUGACUACCAGCUUGUCCGCAAGCUUGGUCGUGGGAAGUACAGCGAGGUGUUUGAGGCUAUUAACAUCACUAACAACGAGAAGUGUGUAGUUAAAAUAUUAAAGCCUGUAAAGAAGAAAAAGAUAAAGCGAGAGAUCAAGAUUUUGGAAAACCUUCGUGGAGGGCCAAACAUUGUCACAUUGCAAGCAGUCGUCAAAGACCUUGUUUCAAGGACACCUGCCCUGAUAUUUGAACAUGUCAACAACACUGACUUCAAGCAGCUGUACCAGACGCUGACAGACUACGACAUUCGCUACUACUUGUAUGAGCUGCUCAAGGCACUGGACUACUCCCAUUCAAUGGGCAUCAUGCAUCGUGACGUCAAGCCUCAUAAUGUGAUGAUUGACCAUGAAUGCCGACGUCUACGCCUGAUAGACUGGGGUCUCGCUGAAUUCUACCACCCUGGCCAAGAGUACAAUGUUCGAGUUGCAUCCCGGUACUUCAAGGGUCCGGAGCUGUUGGUGGACUACCAGAUGUACGACUACUCCCUGGACAUGUGGAGUCUGGGCUGUAUGUUAGCCUCGAUGAUCUUCCGCAGAGAACCUUUCUUUCAUGGCCAUGACAACUACGACCAGUUGGUGCGCAUUGCUAAGGUGCUAGGCACUGAGGAACUUUUUGAAUACCUUGAAAAGUAUCAGGCUGAGUUGGAUCCUCGUUUCAAUGAUAUCCUUGGAAGGCAUUCACGUAAACGGUGGGAGCGCUUUGUGCAUAGUGAAAACCAGCAUUUGGUAACCCCAGAGGCCCUGGACUUCCUAGACAAACUUCUUCGCUAUGACCAUCAAGAGCGCCUAACUGCCAGAGAAGCCAUGGAGCAUCCUUAUUUCUAUCCAGUUUCUAAGGAGCAGCAACAAAAGUUCAUGGACCGUCGGACGGCUCACAGUGGAUCACCUCCUCCUGUAUCUGCAGGCGGCGCUCCUGUGGGCUCCAAUGCGCUCGGCAUGCUGCCCACGUCACCGGUCACGUCACCCAGCGUUGCUGCACUGGGCAGCACCACCUCGACAUAGGGGGUCAAGGGUCACCAGAGCAGAUGUGCCCCGGAAAGUGGGCGCCUGCCGCUGGGAAGGCGGAAGGGAGCACCCGGCAUGCCCUGCUGGCCGGCCAGCACUUGUUCACCAGAUGGCUUCUUCCUUCCCCUCUUCCCACCACCCGUGUCAACAGACCAGUCCCCACAUGGACUGCAACCAGGAGCGGCCCCUAACUGAUGAAAAAACAGUAGUCUGUCAGGACCAGGGUGUGGGCUAGGCACCAACGCUUUCCUCCUUUUUCUCUUUCAACUGCUUCCUCGCCACCCUUUGGUUUCACCCUGUUUUGCCGCUGCCCUGUAAAGCUGAACCUGAACCUGCCAUCUGUCAUGCCCCUUUCAUGUCUCGUGUCUGCACAUGUGAUCAAUCUUCGUAGAGAGUGUGCGGCGUGGAGUGUGUGCAACUAAGGUGUAGAUGCAGGACUCCACUUUCUUUUUUUUUUUCCCUCCCCAUUGCGAGCCCAUGUACAUGCCUGUUUUAGUUUUCAGGCUCUCUCUGCUUGCUUUUUGUGCACAUCACUGUUCUGUGACAGUUGCAGCCAUGCUUGUGAGAUGCUUGCCUUUCCAUCUUAAUUUUAAUUUUUAAUGCAUUCACAGCUUGGCUGCACAGGUAUAGUAGUUUAGACUGCCUUUUUUUCCUGGUAGCUUUUCUUUCCCCGUUUCUUUUUCAUGAGACUUUUUAAAAAUCCAGGUCUUCAUUGCUGCCAUCUUGAAAUGCUUAGCUAUUCCGUGCUGCACAGUGGUUCACACUCGCGCGUGACUGAUUCUCCCAUGUACGCAUUUCGUUCUCCCCACCCCCUGAAUGUUCGGUCCAUUUCAUUUUGGUGUAUGCUUUGAUUGCGACGUGCAUCUGCCAGCUGGUGUGUGUGAUAUCGGCUUCAUACGGUGGGAGGAUGAAGCAAGCAACAUCAAAUAAACUCUUCCUUCAUUUUUUUUUCCCCUGGUCACGGGUUGUAGGUUUUAACAUUUACCAUGUCUGAUUUAUUUUAUUUGAGUGUGUGUGCGUGUUACACAGGGAUUGCAAGUGUUGUGAAAUGCUUUGUGUGUAGGCAAGAUGUCUUCAAGAGCUAGGCCAGUUCCAAAGAGUUUCUCUAAAGUGCCGACGAGCUCGAGCUUCUGCCUAUGCUUCUCUCUCCCCCCCCACAGCUAUGCAGAUGCCGUUGCAAAGUCAAUGGGCAGCUGACAAUUGUUCAGACUUUUCUAAAGGACCUUUGCGAUUGUGAUGUGGUUAUAAUUUGCAACGUGCAGAUGUUUGCGCUUGGCUCAUGAAAUUGUGAAAAAGGACUUCGGCACUGACAUGCUAAACAGGACGAUGUUGUCCCUCUUGUGGUAUGAUGAAUAGAGUUUAGAACUCUUGUGAAAUUGAGGACAUUCGUACCCCUGCAAGAGUCCUGUCUGGUUUGUACCUGCCUUUAUUAAAUUGCAGUUGAGUAAUCUA